CGAACAAAGUGGAAUGGUAUAAAUUCCUAAGUCCUCACGCCCAUUUUCCUAGGUAUUCUAAACGCUUUCCAUCAUCGUCGGACUAAACAUCAACCAUCAAAUCGUCAACAUGGCCACUUACACUAACGACGACGAUACCGCCGGUGUCCCUCAGGCACCUGGCACCGAGCAUACCGAACUGCUCUCUUUUCUACAAUAUUUUGAGACCCUGUUUGUUAUCGACGACUCUUCAAACAUGAAGCGCCAGUGGAGCGACGUGUCCGCUCUUAUCCAAGCCGUCGCUCCGGUUUGUCUGCAGUAUGAUGAAAACGGUGUCGACCUCUACUUUGUCAAUCACAGGCCCAUGCUUUACUUCCCCGGCAUGUCUGUGCGCAAGUCGGGAUAUAACCAUAUUGGUAAAGUCCACAGCGACACCGGGAAGCGUGAUAGCACGCAAAAUAUAUUCCAGGCUGUUAAGCCCGGCGGCGGAUGCAAGCUGGGUUCCCGUUUGAAGAAGAUCCUAGCCUGGUACAUUGAGCAGCUGAAGCUGGAUCCCCAGCGAGCCCCUCUUAAUGUCAUCGUGAUUACCGCCGGCAUAUCAGACGACGACUUUGCGGCUCCUUUGCUCGAGAUAGCCAAAGAGUUGGAUAGCAUGAACGCAGCCGCACAUCAGUUAGGCGUCAUGCUGUUCCAGCUAGGUGAUAACGAGGAAGCGCGUAAGAAGUUCGAACACGCAGACGACGAGAUGUGGAAGCAGGCGCGCACGCGCGACAUCGUCGACACCGUGGCAUGGCGUGGCUGGCCUGCCAGCUUCGGAUCCGACGACAUGGUUAAGGCCGUAUUAGGUGCCGUGUCAAAGAAGAUGGACGGGGCAAAGACGGCUCUUGAAGGAACAACCCCUCCAAAACGCCACGAAACGAACCUCUAAGUUGUCAAGUUGUCACAGUCUAGGGUCUGGAUCUACGAAAGCUAGGGCCCCCGUUAGUAAACAGAUGAGCACGAUGAUUUUCACCACUACUUCAAAAUGCGUUGCAUAUCCUCUAAAUAGCCGACUAUCUAAUGUACUUAA